AGAGCUGGGAGUCCAAGCAUGCCCAGAGAGAGGAAGACAUGCUGGGAGGAGUCGAGGAAACGUGGUGGGUGUUUGGAAAACAACUCAGGAAACCCUAUUUGAGUGUAAUUAAAGACCAUAGAGGGCGAUAACUGGAAUAUCGCAUCAGAACUGGAUCCAGAUUGACCCAAAUCCAAAGGACUAGGAAACAGGAUCAGCAUCAGGUUUUUCCAUUCAGGGCCCUCCUGCCCGCCUUCUUGAAAUCCUUCAGACAUGGAGUCGCCACAGUCCAAGGACACCACAGAAGAAGUACCCAUCUGUAAUGCAGGUGCAGCUGUGGAUGCAGAACUCGCCAAAGCCAUCAUGGCGCGAGGUUUCCGCCCCUCUGUCAUCGGUGUGGAGGCCUGGGAGGGAUACUUGUUUUCUGAUCUGGAGAUCAAGAUCAAGGAGUCCACAGACCUUUACGGAGCUGUGCUCUGGCCUUCGGCGAUGGUGUUGUGUCAUUUCUUAGAGACCUAUCGAGACAAAUACAACCUUGUGGAAAAGAAUGUGAUUGAACUAGGAGCUGGAACCGGGCUGGUCUCUAUCGUUGCCGGCCUGUUAGGUGCUAAAGUGACCUCCACUGACCUACCAGACGUGUUAGGGAACCUCCAGUACAAUGUUUUGCGCAACACUAGAGACAGAUGCAAGUAUACUCCUGUGGUCACAGAGCUGAUCUGGGGUCAGGAGGUGGAGAAGCGUUUCCCACGAGCCACGCACUGUUUCGACUACAUCCUGGCAGCUGACGUGGUGUACUCUCAUCCUUACCUGAAAGAGCUGAUGGACACUUUUGACUACCUGUGUCAGGAGAACACACAGAUCCUGUGGGCCAUGCGUUUUCGUCUGGACCCAGAAAACAGCUUUGUGGAUCUCUUUAAGCAGCGCUUCAACGUGGAGGAGCUUUACAACCUGCCCAGCCUGAGCAUCAAUCUGUACCGAGCCUGGAGGAAGGAAAGGAGGACACAGGACCAAUGAGAGCCUGUGGCUUGAACUCUGUGUGUGUGUGGGGGGGGGGUGUGGGGGUGUGUGAGAGAUGCCUUUUUCAACUUUCAUUUAAAAUUGUCUUUCUUAAAGGAAAUGAUUUAUUUAUUCUCUGAUAUCAAAUAUGGUCAUGUAUCUGAUGGAUAAAUUCUGCAAAAUGAUUGGUGUUUUUUUGUAACUUAU